AUGUCAGCAGCGGACGCUGGGGGCGCAUUGGACUCGUUGCGCCAGGUGGCUGAGCUGGGUGAAGUGCUUCCGUCACCGGAGGAGGAGCGCAGCACACCGCCGGCCUUGAAGCUCUACUUCGCAGCACGGCGGUUGUCUCAAGAGGAGCGAUGGGAGAACCUCUCGGUGGUGCAAACCAGUGGUGGCUGGGCGAUCCGCGCUGCGCACUUCACGGAGGACUUCGAAGACUUCCGCUUUGAGAUGGUGAUCCCUUUGCUCUCGCACGAGACCAUCACACUUCGCACUCACGAGGAGCGAUGCCAAGAGCUGGGUCUUCAGGGCAUCUUCUACGCUUUGCUGGACGCAGAUGGAAGUGUCGUUCUCUACGAAGUGCGGCCGCCGGAACUGUGGUCACCGAUAGAUCAGCGGCGUUCCGAUGAGCCCUUCCUCCAGCCGGAGAUUCUGGCCCAGCUGGCACAGGAGGAUCAGUUGCUUCUUCAGCAGCUCAGCAUCUUGGAUCUUCUCAAUGCGCUUUGUGGCUCCAUCUUGAAGCAUCGCCCAGAGGCCUCCAAGCUGGGGCCUGUGCUGCGAACAGCCUUGGAUAGCUAUUUACUCAAGCUGCCACACAGUGGCUCAGGAAGCUCCCUGCAGCGGCUGCUGACGCCCGACCGCUGUCAGCUGGCGCGACAGAUCUCCGGUGAGACACAGACGAGUCCCAAGACUCAGGAGGAGAGGCGCCUCUCCUAUGAGGGCGAGAACCGCUUUUGGCGACGCCUGGGUGGGCAAGGCGAGUACGAAAGUGGUUCACGCUUGCGGCUCUUGCGGCAAGAUGCAUUGACUAGGCAUUGGUGUUGCUUCUUCGUGGACGUCAAGGCCGGGCCUUCGAAGGUGCGGCAGUACCGCAGCAAGGAGCGCAGCGAGCUACGAGCACACGAGCAACCCACCCACGACGCCAAGUGCCCUUUGUGUAAGGGACGAGAAGAACCCACUGAGGUGCUUCGAGUUUGGCCCGACGGACGCCUGGAAGAACGCGAAGGCUUACCCGAGAACGAGGAGGACAAGACAAAGUGGCUGGUCCGAGUUCUUCGCAAUCCUUUUCCAUAUCUACUUACUCCACAGGAGCUUUAUGAAAAGCCCUUCCCCUUCGACCGCACAAAGCACGCGGCCUGCUUCGGGGACCAUGACAACCAUGCGGCCAAUCCGGACGCGGAUCAUCCCUUGUACAGGAUGGUGGAUGGCUUUGGUGCCAGCGAGGUGGUGGUGGAAUCGCCGACGCACAAUGCACUCAUUGGCAUCGCCGACGACGCCCAGGUGGUCAAUUCACUCCGCGCCAUGGCUGCUCGAGGGCGUUCACUGCGAAAGUGCCAGCGAGUCUUGCAGCUCAUGUAUUUUAAGCAGUAUGGCGCCGAAGCCAGCGGCUCUCUGAUUCACCCACACAUGCAGAUUUGCUCUUUGCCGAUUGUCAGCCGCAGCUUGGAGCGGCGACUGCAGGACCACAAGGACUUCUUCGAUCUUCACGGCUGCUCUGGAGUUCACAAGAUCUAUGUGGAAGAUGUCACUGGGGGCAAUGCGAUGAGCGUGUCUCGACUGGUGCACCAAACGGAGCACUUCGUGGCGUCGGUGCCCUUCGCACAAGUGCCCAGAGGGCGCAUCAUCGUGGCGCCGAAGCGGCAUUGCAGUCGCUUCGAGGAUUCCACGGAGGAAGAGCUGAAAGACUUGGGACGGCUCUUGCGUCUGCUCUUGGCGUCGCUCUAUCGGUUCAAGGACGAUCCAUCCUACAACUUGUUUUGGGAGAGCGCCCCAACUGCUCACGCCUUCCCCGACGACGAGGAGCGGGAAGAAGUUGAGCGAAGCUUCUGCUGGACUCUUCACAUUCGUGUUCCGCAGAAAUCGUCUGGUUUUGGCCUUGCCAGCGGCGUGGACGUGACAAGGCAAUUGCCUGAAGAAGAAGCCCGGGAGAUGCGGACGGCUUUGCUACAGGAGGUGGCCUACCCGAUUCGCACAGCCGGCUUUGACGCGGAGCUGCUGAAUUUGGAGUUUCCCAACACCGUGGGGCCCUUCGUCAUGGUGAAAGCAGCUCAGUUCCCUCGAGUCUUCAACGAGUUCUUCAGUUUGCCACACGCCAAGAAGCCGGAUCCCAACAGCGAAACCAGCUUCAUGGUGGGCGUGCAGCCUUGCGAGAUUGGCCUUGAAGAGGGUGAGUUCUUGUUCUGUCAUUGCUCCCCUUUGCAUCCAACAACUCUGUCAACAGCUACUCGGGCCGCCGCUGGUAUUCCCAAGAGUGCUGCAUAUUUUGCCUGGGCGUAUCCUGUUGACAAAUCGAAGCAUCCAGAGCUUUGGCCACUAAGUGGCCCUGAGCGAGCGUUCUUGGAAUACGGCGGAUACAUUUACUUCGACAAGGACUGUAAUGUUGUUGGAACCACCUCCAUCAGUCCAACGAGCGUGGGCACCGGGCUGCUCUUCGGUGGCUCUUCACCGCUGCCGGAAGAGGUCUCGGAGGCCUUGUCUCGGCAAGGCCGCUUUCAGGAGGUGACCUUAGAGGCGUUGCUCCGGAAGGGCGCCACGCACUUCGCUUGGCUGAGACCCAAGGAGUUUUCGAGCUGUGGCUUGCACUGUCCCAGUGGUGCGUUUGCUUACAAGUUCGCCGAUGGAGAGGAAGCCAGGUAUUUCCCUGUGGCCGGCAAACCGGUGAUUUCAGAUGCUUUACAAGAGCAAUGA